CCACGUGGUGUCGCUGCGCGUCACUCUCCGCAUGGACGCCGGAUCGCUGCUGCCUGAGAUGACCGGGGUGGAGGAGGAGAGAUGGAGGAGACGGGUACCUGCUGGUGGUGACGGCGGCGGCGGCGGCGGCGGUGGUGGUGACGGUGACGAUGACGGUGACGACGAUGAGGAGUGCCCGGAGUUGGUGGCCACUCUCCUUCCCCACGAGCGCAUUCCCAUCACCAUCAUCUCGGGCUACCUGGGAGCCGGGAAGACGACGCUGCUGAACUACAUCCUCACGGAGCAGCACAGCAAGCGGGUCGCCGUGAUCCUCAACGAGUUCGGGGAGGGCAGCGCCAUGGAGAAGGCCCUCGCCGUGGGCCAGGCCGGAGAGCUGUACGAGGAGUGGCUGGAACUCCACAACGGCUGCCUCUGCUGCUCCGUCAAGUACGUCAAGUGCGCGCGUGUGUCACUGUGGGCGUGUGUGUCACGGACCCAGCUUACCCGCGUUCCGUUCCCGCUCGCGGAUAACAUCGGUGGCGAGUCGUACUUCCUGCUGCUGCGUUGGGGUGUUUUUUUGUUGUUUUGUUCCGCCAGAGUGGACCUAGGGGAAGUGCUGGACCUCCACGCUUACGACACCACGACGGGAGACAGGUUUCGGGAGAGGCUGGCGCAGCUGACGAAGCGUGGCGAGGACGAACCCUCGCACCUGGACAAAAGUAUCGGGACCGUGACCAUCGAAGUGUUGGGGACGGUGUCCCAGCGCGGACUGGACUGGUUCCUGCAGAGCCUGCUGUGGGAGAAGAGCGUUCACAAUGCAGCUGGGCUGCCCAUGGAAGUCCUGCGGAUGAAGGGCCUGGUGAGCAUGUGUGGCGCUGUGCGUCCGCUGCUCGUGCAGGCCGUGCGGGAGCUCUUCGAGCAGCAGGAGGCUCCAGCGUCGUGGCCCGCUGACGAGCCUCGCCUCAGCAGGCUCAUCUUCAUCGGGCGUAACCUGGACCGCGGCAUCCUCCUGGACUUGUUCGCGAAAGCAACGGCGGAGGGUGGAGAUUUCGAUUGAAAACAAA